UCAGAUUGGCAGAAGAGUCUCGCAGCUGAUUGGUUCUACUCACGUAUGACGCAGAUGACGUACUGAAUUCAAACACGUGGGUCUCACAUAAACAAAGACACAUUGGCAGACAGGGCUCUACAUGCCAGUGUUGAGCUCCGCGCUCUGCGAACCACACGCCGUACUGGACAUUUACACAGAUAUUCUGCAUCACAACCUUAUGGAUACAAUAUAGUUUUACUGAUGGUCUACUAAGAGGGAGAAUCCAGAGCUGACUCGUUUUUCUUGAACCCCGGUAUUAAAUUUCACCUUCACCGCGAUCUGCAGAGGAACAGUUUUACGACUGAAGCCAUGCCCUGCGUCCAGGCUCAGUAUGGCUCAUCCCCGCAGGGCGCGAGUCCUGCGUCUCAGAGCUACAGUUACCACACCAGCGGAGAAUACAGCUGCGAUUUCCUCACGCCAGAGUUUGUGAAGUUCAGCAUGGACUUGACCAAUACCGAGAUCACCGCCGCCACCACCUCUCUGCCAAGCUUCAGCACCUUCAUGGACAACUACAACACCGGUUAUGACGUGAAGCCGCCUUGUCUUUACCAGGUGCCCCAUUCUGGAGAACAGUCCUCCAUCAAAGUGGAGGAAGUCCAGAUGCACACAUACCAUCAGCAGAGCCAUUUGGGCCCGCAGUCAGAGGAGAUGAUGGCCCACUCCGGGCCUAUGUACUUCAAACCUUCCUCACCUCACGCUCCGGGAACAGCGAACUUCCAGGUUCAGCCCAAUCAUAUGUGGGAGGACCCGAGCUCCCUGCACACUUUUCAUCAGAACUAUAUGACCACGCAUAUGAUAGAUCAGCGCAAGAACCCCGUGUCCAGGCUCUCCCUCUUCUCCUUCAAGCAGUCUCCACCCGGAACCCCUGUUUCCAGCUGUCAGAUGCGAUUUGACGGGCCUCUCCACGUGUCCAUGGGACACGACAGUCCCGGAACGCACCGAGCCCUGGACAGCCAGAGUUUCGCAAUGCCCAGUGCCAUUAGAAAACAGGCGGGAAUAGCCUUCACGCACUCCCUGCAGCUCAGUCACGGCCAUCAGCUGAUGGACAGUCAGAUGCCGUCACCCCCGUCUAGAGGAUCUCCGUCCAGCGAAGGUUUGUGCGCGGUGUGUGGAGACAACGCGGCUUGCCAGCACUAUGGUGUCAGAACGUGUGAAGGGUGCAAAGGUUUCUUCAAGCGUACAGUACAGAAGAACGCCAAAUAUGUCUGUUUAGCCAAUAAAAACUGUCCUGUGGAUAAACGCCGGAGAAACAGAUGUCAGUAUUGUCGAUUUCAGAAGUGCCUGGUGGUCGGAAUGGUGAAAGAAGUUGUCCGGACCGCCAACUUAAAGGGUCGGCGAGGCCGUUUACCCUCCAAACCCAAAAGUCCGCAGGAGUCUUCGCCCCCCUCUCCGCCCGUCAGUUUGAUCAGCGCACUGGUCAGGGCUCAUGUGGACUCCAACCCCUCUAUGAGCAGCCUCGACUACACCAGAUUCCAAGCCAACCCGGACUACCAACUGAGCGGAGAUGACACACAGCACAUCCAGCAGUUCUACGACCUCCUCACCGGAUCCAUGGAGAUCAUCCGCGGAUGGGCAGAAAAGAUUCCCGGGUUCACCGACCUGCCUAAACCGGACCAGGACUUGCUGUUCGAGUCUGCCUUCCUGGAGCUCUUUGUGCUGCGCCUGGCGUACAGGUCCAACCCGAUGGAAGGCAAACUCAUCUUCUGUAACGGAGUGGUGCUGCACAGGCUGCAGUGCGUCCGUGGAUUUGGCGAGUGGAUUGACUCUAUAGCGGAGUUCUCGUCUAAUCUCCAGAACAUGAAUUUAGACAUAUCUGCUUUCUCAUGCAUCGCCGCCCUAGCCAUGGUCACAGAGAGACACGGACUGAAAGAACCCAAGAGAGUGGAGGACCUUCAAAACAAGAUAGUAAACUGUCUGAAAGACCAAGUCACCUUCAAUGGAGCCGGCUUGAAUCGUCCAAACUAUUUGUCCAAACUGUUGGGUAAACUGCCUGAACUGCGCACACUGUGCACACAAGGUCUGCAGCGCAUCUUCUACCUAAAACUAGAAGAUCUGGUCCCACCGCCAGCAAUAAUCGACAAACUGUUUCUUGACACUCUGCCCUUUUAAACCGCGAAAAAAGGAGAAAAUAAAACUAUU